AUGACCGGCCCAUCCGAUCCUUCGGCAGCAUCCUCACGAGAUCCUGCGGUCAACCGAAUUCUCGCAUCCCCGCCGACACCUCAUCACAGCGACCUUUCAUCCACGAAGUCGACAGCGUCGGCACCGCAUCCGCCGUCGAUCGACACUGAUCCUUCGCACCUUCCCAGCAACGAUCCCCUGAAAAGGCAUCCAGACACUGCCGUUGCCGAAGGGACUGCUGCUGAGAUCGGAUCCAAGCAAAGAGAGUAUCAACGCAAAGCCAAACAUCUCUCGCUCACCGCCAAACCUAUUCCUUACGCUCGUCAAGGAGACUCGCCAAAGUUCCUUGCGGUCCUUAAAGACUUUGAUCGCCUCCUCAAAUCGCUGCCCAUCCCUCUCCAUCGAAUUGUACCCAAUAUCGUCGCAAGGCUCAUCUGCCGCAUCUUCCGAUCGCAGAACAUCAUGGCGUCCAACAUCGCUUUCGACAUCGCGCUCUUCUUUUGGCGCAUCAUCAUCAAUCUCUUCUUUCGCGAGAUUCGUCCACGGUCGGCAUGGCGCAUUCCGCGUGAAGACCCAGUCAUCUUUGUGGCUGCGCCCCACCACAACCAGUUUCUCGACCCGCUGCUGCUCGCAUCCGAGGUACGACGCGCCUCGGGUCGAAGGGUCGCCUUCCUCAUUGCAGAGAAGAGCAUCAAGCGUCGCUUCGUCGGAGCUGCCGCCCGCAUCAUGCAAUCCAUCCCCGUUGCCAGAGCAGCCGAUAGCGCCAAAGCGGGCAAAGGCUACAUCUCGCUCCAUCCCUCUGGCGAUCCGCUCUUGCUCCAAGGGCACGGCACCGCAUUCAAGUCGCAGCUGCAGCCCAAGGGUCAGAUCAUGCUUCCCAAAGCCUGCGGACAUGCCACUGCCGAGGUGGUAGAGAUCAUCAGCGACACCGAGGUCAAGAUCAAAAAAGAGUUCAAGGAUGCUCGUGCGCUCGACAUGCUGCGCGGCAAGACGCCUCAGCCAGAACCACCCAAGGCCGGCAACAAGUCAUCCAAAAGCCCGAGCUCACGCGCAUUGGAAAAGGUCGCUGCGGAUCUCUUCGAAGAUCAAGGUUGCAAGUACUCCUGCCUGCCCUUUGUCGAUCAGACACAGAUGUACGCAAAAGUCUACGACAAGCUCGCAGAGGGCGGAUGCCUCGGCAUCUUCCCCGAAGGUGGAAGCCACGACCGUACCGAUCUGCUGCCCUUGAAAGCCGGUGUCGUCAUCAUGGCCCUCGGCGCCAUGUCGGCCAACCGCGAUCUCAACGUACGCAUCGUCCCCGUCGGUCUCUCGUACUUCCAUCCGCAUAAGUUCCGCAGCCGCGCCGUUGUCGAAUUCGGCGCGCCGAUCGACGUCCCUCGUGAGCUCGUGGGUCAGUUCGACGAGGGCGGCGAGGGCAAGCGCAAGGCGGUGGGACAGAUGAUGGACAUUGUCUACGACGGUCUCAAGGGCGUCACGCUGCGCGCGCCUGACUACGAGACGCUCAUGGUGGUUCAAGCCGGUCGUCGCCUCUACCGCGCACCAGGUCAGUCGCUCAGCUUGGGACAGACGGUCGCCCUCAACCGCAAAUUCAUCAUGGGCUACCUGCAAUUCAAGGAUGAGCCGCGCGUGGUCAAGCUCCGCGACGAGGUGUUGCGAUACAACAAAAAGCUGCGCUACGCAGGUCUGCGUGAUCACCAGGUCGAGCGAGCAACACGGGCAGGCUGGCGCAGCCUCGGUCUUUUGGCCUAUCGCCUCGGUCUGCUUGGACUGUGGGGUGGCCUGGCGCUUCCCGGAGCGGUGCUCAACUCGCCCAUCAUCAUCCUCGCCAAGAUCAUCAGCCACAAGAAGGCCAAGGAGGCCUUGGCAGCAUCGCAGGUCAAGGUGGCCGGACGCGACGUGCUCGCCACGUGGAAGGUGCUGGUCUCGCUGGGUGUUGCACCCAUCCUGUACACCUUCUACGCCGGGCUUGCCACGUAUCUGGCCCACAAGCUUGAGCUCUCGCCCCGCACGCGCGCUCUCAUGCCGCUAUACACGCUCAUCGUGCUGCCCACAAUGUCGUACUCCGCGCUCAAGUUUGCCGAGGUGGGCAUCGAUAUCUACAAGUCGCUACCUCCGCUCUUCAUCUCUCUCAUUCCCGGCAAUCACAAGGUGAUCGUUGACCUGCAGCAGACGCGAACCAAGAUCAGCGCCGACAUGCAUGCACUCAUCGACGAACUCGCGCCGCAGGUGUGGGACGACUUUGCCGAGAAUCGCAUCUUGCCGAGCGCUGCGGCGCCGCCUACGCCACAGCGAGAGGCGCUGGUUUGGAAGCAGAAGAAGUCGACGAGCGGUGCGACCAACGACGCACUUAGCCACCCGCUGCAAUGGAUGGACGAGCGCCUGUUUGGAUGGGGCAAACGCCGUCGCUCGUCGACGCGCCGAUCCAUGACGGCCGAGGAUAUCAAGACUCUUCGCAGCUCGAGCCUCACGCGAGGAUCUGUAGCGGACGAUGGGUCUGCGAUCGAGGAAGCAGACGAGGAGCGCGAAGCAGAGGAGGCGGACGCAUCAUUCGAGGACGGCUCGGAAGCGUCGAGCUUCACCGAGAGCGGAGACGAGGAUGAAGGCGAUUACGAAGCCGUGUUUUCUAUGCUCAACCCGGCCAACUUGGUCAACGGCCUGCGCAGCGGCGUGCUUAGCCCGGGUACGCCUGGCUCGGGGGGUCGACGCAGUCGAACCCAUUCGCGCUCGCGAAGCGGCAGCCGUGGAAGCCUCGGAGGUGGAGCCAGCGGCGAGACGUUUGCGGAGAAGCGCAACCGAAGCAAUCAGGAUCUGCGGGCGUUGAUGAGGGAGGGAGGCGCCAUGUCGCCGACGGCGACUCGAUCGAGCGGCAUUCUCGACGGUGCUGGUUCCAGGCAGACCAGCAGAACAUCGGCGCUGCCCGCCAGCUUGGCGACGACGAGCAUCUCCGGCAAUGGCGCCGAGAGCGGCACCGCAGCUGCGACCACGCGCCGAAACCGCACGCACUCGCUCUCGGAAGAUGUGCACGUGGCCGAGCUGAAGAACGCCGGGCCUGCGGCCAAGAAACUACCGUUCUCGGCUGCCUCGCAAGCAUUCGAGAUGCAGCAUCAAGGGGACGCCAAGCAAGCCGGGUUCAAGCCCAAGUUGGAGAGCAUGAUGAGCGCGGAAAACACGCCUCCUGCUACGCCCAAGCACGAGGCGAAGAAGAAUCUCACUUCGCCGUUGCAGGUGGGCAACGCAGCAAGCUCCGAUGGCAAGGAUAACAAGGCGCAGUCAUCGUGA